AUGUGUAUGCGGGUUCUUCACUCUCGUCACUUGUUCACACAUCGUGGACCUGUUCUGAUUGUACUGCAAGCCGGUGGUGUGUCCUAUGCAGGGGUUUGGGCCAAUCGAUUGUUGUUACACCCACAGCAUGGUCUAAAGACGGGCAGUCAACUGGAUCUGAUUCGGCAAGCUCAUUCUCGCGGUUUCGCGGUUGCUCUGAUUCAUACAAACGAGCAAAUUGUACCACGAGAGGCAGAAAUCGGUGCAAUCGAUCUGGUCUCUACCUUAUAUUCGACCGGUUCCGCCGCGGAUACACUAUUAGGACGCUCAAAACGAGUUGGGACACAUAAUCCCACAAACACUGUAAUCACACAAGCUAUGGAGCCGGAUUCGAUCCCGUCUCAUUCGUGCCAAAUUCCUCACUCGAUGAAUGCAGCUGGUCUUUCCACCCCUACGAUUGCCACUCCGGCUGUUGCUGGUGCCCAAUGUGGGCCUCCAAUUCAAUCUAGGUGA